AUGGGAGAGAGCGUCAGACUAGAGCCCAAGGGCAUCCCCCUCCAAGAGGACGAGUCUCGUCCCGAUUACUCCAACGAGGCCGUCUUCAGGAGAAAUUGCCUCCCCACCCGAUCAUAUCAUAUCCCCGACACCUCGUUGCUUCUCAAUGGCACUUGGGACUUUCACCUGGCCUCCACACCGCUCGAGGCUCCGGAGCCGACCGCGACAAAGGGCCUCGCUUGGGGAGGGAUCCAAGUGCCGGGCCAUUGGCAGCUGCAAGGGCACGGCAAGCCUUGGUACACCAACGUCCAGUUCCCCAUCCCCGUGUGCCCUCCCUAUGUUCCUACUGAGAACCCCACUGGAAGUUAUCGUCGAAAGUUCAAUGUUCCUCCUGCUUGGGGCGCGGAUUCUCAGCUGAGGCUUCGCUUUGAGGGCGUUGAUAGCGCGUACCAUGUGUGGGUCAAUGGCGCGUUGGUUGGAUACGCUCAAGGCUCAAGGAACCCAUCAGAGUUUGACAUUUCUUCAUUUGUCGACCGACAUGGAGAAAAUGAGCUGUUUGUCAGGGUCUAUCAGUGGUCUGACGCGACCUACAUCGAAGAUCAAGACCAAUGGUGGCUAUCAGGUAUCUUCAGAGACGUUCGUCUCAUUUCUUUCCCUGCGUCUAGAAUUGAGGACCUUUUCCUUCGAACAGACCUCGAUGCUGCCUAUGAGAAUGCCACCCUCAGUGCAACUGUCGACGUGUUCACCGGAGGCCCUGGCACCAUUGAGCUCACGCUUUCUGAGCUCGACAAGAACGGUGGUGCCGUGAUUGGCAAGACCGAGGUCUCUGUGAACCAUGAAACCAAGAAGGCCGAGCUCAACCUCAAGGUCGACAAGCCCAACAAAUGGACAGCGGAGACGCCAUACCUUUACCAGACUGAAAUCACACUUAAGUCCGCCGACUCAAAGACUUCUCACAAGGUGCAACAACGCAUCGGCUUCCGCAAGGUUGAGCUCAUCGACGGUCUGAUGACUGUCAACGGAAAGCCCAUCCGCUUGAGGGGAGUCAACCGUCACGAACACCACCCACUACUCGGUCGCUCCGUUCCCCUCGAAUUCGCUAAGAGGGACCUUUUGUUGAUGAAGACGCACAAUAUCAACGCUCUUCGAUGCGCUCAUCAGCCUCACGACCCCCGAAUCCUCGAUCUAUGCGAUGAACUUGGUCUGUGGGUCAUGGGAGAGGCUGACCUCGAGUGCCACGGCUUCUACGAUGCUGUUGCUCGCCCUCUCGACAUCCCUGAAGAGAUGGAUUACGGAGAGAGAAAGAAGCUUGCCUUCCCUCAAGCUGCACAAUUCACUUCCAACAACCCCAAGUGGAAGGAUGCCUACCUCGAUCGUAUCCAAGCCGUCAUCAACCGCGACAAGAACCACACCAGUAUCAUCAUUUGGAGUCUCGGUAACGAAGCUUUCUACGGAGAUAACCAUAAAGCCAUGUUCGAAUAUGCCACAAAGGUUGAUCCAGGUCGACUGGUCCACUACGAAGGAGACGAGCAGGCUGUCACAACACAUAUGUACAGUUACAUGUAUCCCAGCGUCGAGAAACUCAUCCAGUCUUGCAAGGAGGAAGGCGUCAAGGACGGAAAGUUCGACAAACCCAUCGUCCUAUGCGAGUAUGGUCACGCCAUGGGCAACGGCCCAGGAUGGCUCGAGGACUACGAACAGGCUUUCCGUGAUUACCCACGUCUUCAAGGUGGUUUCAUCUGGGAAUGGGCCAACCACGGUCUAUGGAAGGAAGAGGAUGGCCAGGGCUUCUACGCCUAUGGUGGUGACUUUGGCGAUGAGCCCAAUGACGGCACUUUUGUCAUGGAUGGCUUGGUCAGCAGCACUCACCAGCCAACUCCAGGUUUGACCGAAUUCAAAAAGGUCAUCCAACCUGUUGGGUUCUCUCUUGAGGGCAGCAACUUGAUCAUCGAGAACUGGCAUGACUUUGCCGACCUAAGCCACCUUGGGGCGACUUUCCAGGUGGAAGCCCUGGGAGAGACAUCUACCUUGCUUCAAGCAGGCUCUAUAGAGCUCCCCUCUAUCCCUGCCGGCGAGAAGGCAUCCGUCCCCCUUCCUCUCGAUUCCAAGCGAUACGGCAGCCAGAACGAAGUCUACUUGACGGUAACCCUGACCCUCAAGCAGGCGACCUCCUGGGCCCCCGCUGGCCACCAAAUCGCAUGGUUCCAGCAUCAACUCCAAGGCCCCAGCACCAAGACCCUCGCUGCAACCAACGCCCUUACCUCUCAGCUGUCUGUGUCUCAGGAAGGACCAACUGUUACCGUCGCCGGAACUGGCUUCAACUUCACAUUCGAUCGGGCUCGUGGUGCUCUCAAGACCUGGACAGCAAAUGGACACACACUGCUAGAGGCAGACCCCACAACUGGCGUUGCCAUUAGUCCCUCAUUCUGGCGGCCCAAGACUGAUAACGACGUCCCUAUCUCCCUGCCAUAUUGGAAGCGAUUCGGUGUCGACGCCCUUACAUCACAGCUGCGCUCUUUCAAGGUGGAUUCAUCCGACUCAAAGAAGACCGUGAUCAAGGCUCACACAUUUAUCUCCCCGCCGGUACUCGACUGGGGCUGGAACUGCGAGGUCGAGUACACAGUUCACGUCACGGGCGCCCUCGGCAUUAACGUGGCCCGUCUUGCGCCUACUGGAUCCUUCCCAGAGCAUGUUCCUCGAAUUGGCCUGAAUGUCUACGGCAACAAGGGUCUGGAGCAUGUCAACUGGUUUGGUCUUGGCCCUGGAGAGAGCUACCCUGAUAAGAAGCUGUCCCAGCGCGUGGGCAUCUGGGGCGUCGAGUCCGUUUCAGACCUACACACUCAUUAUGACGUUCCUCAGGAGAACGGAAACAGAAUGGAAGCCAGAUGGCUAACCCUCAGAGACGCCAAGUCUCCCAGUACUGGGUUGAAGGCGACUCGCCUGGGAACUGGAGAGCAAUCACACUUCAGUUUCGUCGUGUCACGUCACAGAGACGAUACCAUCCAGAAGGCUAAACAUCCUCAUAACCUCUUUGAGGAGGAUGCCACUCUUUUCAGAUUGGAUGCCAAGGUCGCUGGUGUUGGAACGGCAGCUUGUGGCCCUGGUGUGAGGGAGGAUCUUUUGGUCAAGACUGAGGAAGUGAGCUUUAACUUUUUGAUAGAACCACUCUAG